AUGAAAAAUAAAGUAAAAGAAGCUCGCGACUGCUACUCCAAUUUAGACGUAUCUGAAAGCUCCGAUUUUAAAGAUGACAAAAGUUUCGCAGAGAUGCUGCUGCUAGAUAGCUACUUCAUCUUGUUCACAUUGACCAUUAAGUUACGUAAAGGACUGACACAUUAUACAUUGACGCCACUAACACCUAAGUUUACAAAGAAGCCGCUUAUGCUGUUUCAAUACGACCAUUUUAAAUUUCUCGACAUCAUAUUCAACAAAGAUGAGAUCGCACUUGAUCUACUGAUCUUUGAUAACCAAAUCCCUUUCUUUGUGAUCAAGGACCUAUUUAAGGAGUUCAAGUCGAAGAAGCCUCUCCAUGAGUACGCCCUCGAGUUCUUCAAGACAAUCCAUCCAAGGUCCGCCCGACAUUGCAUGGACAAGAAUAUUAGUCCUCCCAAAUUCCUACAUCUGCUCGAUCUUUUCCACUGGUCUCGGGUCCCAAAGAACAAGUACAUCGAACUUAGUGAGCCGUGUCAACGGCCAGAUUCUAUUCACCAGGCAGGCCUUAUUCCGAAUGUGAUGAAACGUAAGGAACACGCAACAGCAACUGAAAAGAAGAAGCCUCAACAGCUAGAUUCUAUAUACUGGGCACGCCAUACUCCGAAUGCGGUGGAACUUAGAGAAUCCGCAACAAUGUUUGAAAAGAAGACGUCUGGCAGCUCACUAGAUGUCACAUUCCAAGGACGUAGGUUUACACCCGUUAUUCGGGUGCUCAACAUCCCAGAGUUACACAUCCGCGACUAUAGCAGCCUCAUCUUCCAUAACCUCAUCGCCUUCGAGAUACAAGCUUCAAGACGGGGCCGCUGCACCAUGGCCUUUUCUGCACUUAUGCAGAACUUGCUGCAAACUGAGGAAGAUGUGAAGCUGCUUCGGCGAAGCGGCAUUUUGGCAAGCUCGUCCAUGACCGACAGCCAACUCAUUGAUCUCUUCGAAUGCUUGAGCAGAUUGACUGAAAACCAUCAAAUGCCAAGUGAACUGUGUGCCAUUUGCCAUCAGGUCCAGUCUUACCACAACUAUCCAAUGAGUCGGUUCUGCGGCAGCGUCAUUACCCGGUACUUCCCGAGCCCACUGGUGACUCUUACUGUUUUUGGUGCAAUCUUGCUUUUUAUUCCCACCCUCUUGCAGACCAUAUAUACUAUGCUAUGA